UGUGAGGCGGUUUAGCAGAAGUAUUGAAAGUUGUGAAGGGUGAUCGGAAGCUCAGAGCAUGAAAAAGUGCAGUCGCCUAAACCUACCGCAUGGUCAUACGACAAACUAUGCUGAAGACACUUGUCCGUUUCCAUUAAACGGCUUCAGAUACUUUGCGUCCAGAGCGCACUCUGGGUUCGUUUUCAGUCGAACCGGCAGUUGAACGACAGACUGUUGAUUUUGACGAGAUUGCCGGGACUUGACAGAGCUCCUGACUGGGAUAUGCGCUUUGCGGAUGGCGCGCUGAACCAAGAGACAGCAGAAGCAGUAACUUUGUUUCCAUAUUGACCAAAGCAUAUUUUAUACAAGAGUGAAGAAGAAAGACUCUUAGCGCUUUCAAAGCGUCUCGCGCUGCAGCCCGUGUAGGAUUUUUGUACGUAAUUAAAAGUUGAGACUGUUGUAGUGCAUGGGCACAGACCUGGCUAUGGUGGAGCAGACGCACGCCAGCAGCAGCAGCAGCAGCGACGUGCUCCCCGGCGACUCCAUAGAUUCUGGGGAGAUGGACUUAGACAUGGACGCCUCUCCGACUCCAGGCUCCCCAAAUUCAGCCGGGGAUAAAAUGGACAUUGCCUGGUGCAAAACCCCAUCGGGACACAUCAAGAGGCCGAUGAACGCAUUCAUGGUCUGGUCGCAGAUAGAGAGGCGCAAGAUUAUGGAGCAGUCGCCGGACAUGCACAACGCGGAGAUCUCCAAGAGACUCGGCAAGCGCUGGAAACUUUUGAAAGACAGCGACAAGAUCCCCUUCAUCCGCGAGGCCGAGCGCCUGCGGCUCAAGCACAUGGCAGACUAUCCAGACUACAAAUAUCGACCUCGGAAGAAGGUGAAGUCAUCCAGCGGAAAGACUGGAGAGAAGGGGGAGCGCGUGAGCGCCAGCCCCGGCGCCAAGUCUGCAUCCAAAAAGAGCUCGAAAACUCUCAGCAGGACGCACAGAAAGUCCACAACGCUCGAGCUGACCUCCCACUCCGUCCCUGCAGACCACCACGCUCUCUACAAAUCCAGGUCCGUAUCCGCCGCCAAACAAAUACCAGAGAAACCAGCAAAGCGCGGGCAUGUGUACGGGGGAUGCAGCACAGACAGCAGCCCGCCCUCUGUCGCGGUGCCGGCCAGUCCCACCCUGAGCAGCUCGGCGGAAUCCAGCGACCCGCUGAGCUUGUACGAGGACGGGCUCGCGAGCGGAAAGGAAGACGCGGAGCCCGCCGCGCGCUUCAAGUACACCCGCGCGCCGUCUCCGACGCCCUCCGCCUCGCACUCGUACUCCUCGCAGUCAUCCUCCUCGGAUGAGGAGUUCGAGGACGAGCUGGCGGACCCCAGCCCUGGCUUUGACAGCUUCAGCACCUUUGGCACAGCCCCUCUGGACAGAGAUUUGGAGUUCAACUUUGAGUCGGGCUCCGGCUCGCACUUUGAGUUCCCCGACUACUGCACACCAGAGGUGAGCGAGUUGAUGAUAUCAGGGGACUGGCUCGAAUCCACGAUAUCCAACUUGGUGUUCACUUAUUGAGCGCUAGUUAUGAAAGGACAGCUUUGAAAAAAAAACA